GGGGAAGAGAGAGAACAAGAACGAAGAAGAAUACAAUUUCCCGCCCAUUUUCAUUUGUUGCUCUUUCCCCUUUUUACCCCUUUUAUUUCCCACGCACUCUGUGAGAAGAAGAGUGAAUAUUCCCACACUCUUUUCCAACAAUUCACACUGCGCAGUUGAGAGAGAGAGAGAGAGAGAGAGAGAUACUAGGAACAACAACUACACGGGAAAACAAGAAAGGAAGACAAGAGCAAUUCAUUCAUCUAUUCAACACAUUCAUACGCAGAGUUUAUUAUUCCCUCCCCCCUUCUUUCUUCUUUCAUUUCUUGAAUUCUUCACCUAUUUUAUCCCUCGCGCGCGCUCUCUCUUCCCUCCCACCUCUUUGCUUCUUGUUACCUCCUCCCCCUCCGUCUCUCUCUCGCGCGCGCGCAACUCUUGUCUUUGAGCCACGAUCGCAUGUGUUUUCUAGUCGGGAACGAGUCCUACUACUAGUUUAUUUGUUUACAAACGAGUUUUGUUUUGGAAAGAGUAUAUACGGGCAAUUUUGGGGACCAACGCAUUCCUGAACGUUUGCGUCUCUUUGCAACUCUUUCUCCUCCUACGAGUAUUUCUUUCUCUCUGUCUGCCAGUGGUCGGACUUGCGAGUUUUCCUUUUGUUUUUGCGCGCGGUCCCCCACCACCACCCUUUUUGUUUCCUCUCGUUUCCUCCCUUUUGGCUCGCCCGCUCUGCCCCCCCUCCACCACUCUCCCUAGUCGCAAAUGAUGUCAACAACUGACACACUCGAUGGAACGGCAGAGCUCAUUACGGCUCUCUGUCAAAUGACAGUACAAGAGUCGGGUUCACGUCCAUCCACGCCUGCUCUCAAAUCCGCUUCCAGUGCAGCGACUUCCCCUCUCAAAGUCAUUGGAGAUGAUACACAGCAACAGCAACAGGAUAAGGAUUCACAACGGCAUUUGCCGCCACCGCCGCCGCAGGUCGCGCCCGGUGCAGAACAGGAAAUCAUGUAUCCUACGACCUUGUCCGCUUCUUGGGUCAAAUCCCACGCCCCACCAGCAGGAACAACAGGAGUAGCAGUCGGACUGGAGGAGGACAAUGGGGCGGAAGGAAAAGAUGAACUACAGCAACAACAAAAUGGUGGUCAACAUGCACUGCCAUUGCACCAGCACCCUGUCCAUCAUCACCUCCUUCCCAACCACCACCAACAACAGCCACAGCACCUACAACAACAACAACAACAACAGCAGCAGCAGCAGCAACAACAACAGCAGCUACAAAACCUCGCGUCCGCGUACUAUUACAGCGGCGACUAUGCAGUCUCUCCCGAGCACGCCAUGCUUUACCUCCCACACCCGCCACAACAACCACCAGCCAACAGCAAUACCAAUAGCGGUCUGCUACUCUCUGCCACACCUACUCCCCGCCCACGCACACAACAACAACAACAACAACAAGCACACCAAGAGCAACAACAACAACAGCAGUCGUCUACAAAGAAACGCACGACCACCAGCACAACAAGCACAACAACGACACCACCCGAAUUCUUUUCCUAUGACCCGUCCAAACCUCCAGGACUCUUUUUUGAUGCGUUCCCUGCCACCCUUCCCACAGCUCCCACCUCUCCACACGCGUAUUCCGUGACAUCGCCGCUUCAAGUCUAUGGUUUACCCCCGAUUCCCGCUAUCGGGUCUCCACCUCCGAAUGCGUCGUAUGGGAUGGUUCCUGGAUAUCCGGUUCCUAUGUAUCCUCAGCAAAUUAUUCCAGUGUGUAGAUACUUUCAACAAGGUCGCUGCUGGGCGGGACAAAAUUGUCGAUUUAGCCAUUACAUUGGGCCUGGACCUUAUAUCGCUGCCUACCCCACUUCGACGGGUGGGACGGCGUUUUCGGCGCACCCGGGUACAGCUCCGACACAUAACAAGGUCAAGUGCCGGUAUUUUGCGCAAGGACGGUGUUGGGCUGGUCCACAUUGUCGUUUUGCGCAUGAAUAAGAAAACGUAUGUAUCGGGUGGUGUGUGCUUAUUGUCGUUGGAAUCGUAGAGGAGGAGUGCCUAGGGAUGCGUUUGGUUAUUAAGGAACGAGAGUGGUUGGAAGGGUUGGCUAUUAGGUGGAAUGUUUGGUUUGGUGUUUAAUGCGGCGUUUUCUUUUUGUUGUUGUGUGUGUUGCUCGUCUUUUUUUUUUUUUGGUUUUAUUUUUUUUGUUCCCUCCCCUUUUUUUUUGCUUCUCUCUCUCUCUAUGUCUUUUUUCUUUUUGGAUGUUGGAUGGGUGGGUGGGACUGUGGGACUGUUAUAGACUUUAAAAAAAAAUGUUGUUUAUUAUUUC